GCCACCGCGGCCUAUAUACUCAUACAUUCCCAUUCAUCCAGCUCGCACCGAUUCUUGAAGCGUCUCGAAAAGGGGACGCGGAGACAGUGAAUCGCCUGCUGCAGAAUAAGGCUGACCUGGAAGUGGCCGACCAAGAAGGGCGCCGCCCCCUGCACCUCGCGGCCCUGGGAGGCCACGACCGCGUGGUGAAGGAGCUCCUCCGAGGAGGCGCGGACGCCAGUGUCAGGACGCCCGAAGGUCUCUGCUGCGUCCAUUAUGCUGCACAGGGCGGGCAUAUUAGCACGCUCAUGCUCUUACUGGAAUCCCACUGCGACAUCCAUGCUCUGACGAAGGACGGGUCCACUGCUCUCCACUUGGCAGCUGCGCAUGGCCACUCGUCGGCCGUCAAGUGGCUGGUGGCACAGGCUGGCCUGAGGGUUGCUUCCGCCAACAAAAAACAAGAAACAGCACUUGGCUUGGCUAGAAAGGCGGGACAUAAAGCCGUGGUUCAGUCUUUGCUCCAGGUCCAGAUAUCGGAUAUUCUAGUGGGUGGUGACGUCGGGACCCUGAGCCAGUUGGUGGAAGAAUUUGAUUUGGAUGACUUGUGUGCCAAAGAAAAUGAUAAAGGUUUCCGGUCUGUCCACUACGCUGAUGUGGAGGAAAUGUUGAAGUGCUGA